GCAUCCUCUUUUCUUUUUCGUCCUGUCUCUUCCGACCGAUCGCUCAUCACACUUCUCUACGGCGGCUAUCCUCCCUUGGCCAUCGAUAUCCCACUGCCUCUUUCUUUACCGCUCCGUAGUUUGACCAUAUUCGAUCCGAUCCGCCGUAUUCUGACGACGUUGGACGCGAUCUAGACAUUUUUUUCGUUGUCUGCCUCAGGUUCUUGCCAGAUCUAUUGACCCGACCCCUCCGCUGUCAACUUAAGCAAAAUUGGUUAUAAUCAUGUUUUUGACAAGAUUUAUUUCGAGGAGAUUCUUGGCUGCUGCAAAAUCAGAAUCAUUUGCUGCGACCGGAGCUGCUACUUCUACAGUCAGGGCAGGACAUAACCCUCUUGAGGAGUUUUUCGAGGCAGAUAGAAGCCAAGACGAAGAGAAGUCUGUUUUAUAUGGUCGAAGUUGGAAAGCUUCAGAAUUGCGUUUGAAGUCCUGGGAUGACCUUCAUAAGCUUUGGUAUGUUUUACUAAAGGAGAAAAACAUGUUGAUGACUCAGUACCAGAUGCUUCAUUCUCAGAACCUACGGUUUCCAAAUCCAGAACGCAUCCCAAAGGUGAGGAAGUCAAUGUGCCGUAUAAAGCAUGUACUAACUGAGCGAGCAAUUGAAGAGCCAGAUCCCAGGAGGUCUGCUGAAAUGAAGAGGAUGAUAAAUGCUUUAUGAUGUGUUUUAUCUUUAUCUUGGUUCUAGAGUCAAAUAUUGUUGCCAGAUGUGAUGCUUCAAAAUUUUGUAUGUUGAAAUUUCAGCUUUCAGGUAAUUUACAAAGCACGAUUUUCCUCCAUACUCUAGGAGUUUCCUAAGUGCUUCAGGAUCUUCAUCCAAUGAUUUUUCUCUCUCUAGACCUAACACUCUGUAUGUUGAACCAUUGUUAUAAAGUAAAAUGAUAAUGUUAAAGCAGUGAGCUUAUUGAGCUUUCUAAUGCUAGAUUGGCACCUGAGGAUUCCAUCAAAA